AUGAUUCGCAAGGGAUUUUGUCGCACGGGAUGUCGCAAAGGAUGUCGCGAGUUAAGCGUUAAGAAUAUUUGGUGUCGCACUGGUGAUGAUCGUUGCGAGGGCCGUGUCGCAUGGGCCAAAUUAGGUAUUCCAAGGGUAGUUGCGUGGGUUCAAGGUGCCAAGGGGUGGCUGAAGAAUGUCGCAAUUGGGACCCGCUGUCAGUAA